UCACAGGGGAGGUUCUGUCUGUCCCGGAUUGUCGUGUUCGUUCGACAGAGCAGGCUGCCGGAAGUGGAAACGGAGAAUAGCAACCCCUUCAGUUGUUCACAUAUCGUUUAUUAAUUAUGUACAAAACAGUACGGAAGGGCGAUGCCAGCCUGCAGUAUACAAUUCUGCCGCAAACGGACCAGCUCACCGCGUCGGGGUUCCCUCAGGGAUACAGCAAAUCGCGACCAAGGAUCAUCAAAUACACCAUGGGCACGUUGAUGGUCCUCAUGAUCCUCUCGUGCGUGGCGACGCCGUUUCUGAUGAACCAGGACGAUCAGAGCCUGUUCGCCAGUACUAUCCUCGCGAUGGGCCGCGUUGGUCACAACACAGCGUUUAGAAACGCGUCGAGGAGUCAGGGUGAAAACGUGGGCGGCAACAGGAGCAGGAGCAGGCUCUCGGACACGAUGGCGAUGGCGUCGACGGAGGCCUACAGGAAGCAGGACGUCGAAGUUGGCAUGACUUCAGCGUUAGGGGUCCUGAAGCCGGACGAACUGGAGACUGAGAACUUAACGGCCACAGACGCUGUCGCGAGCAGUACACGACGUUUUCAAAUCACCACGGAAGCGCCGCCCAGCCUUCGGCAGACAUCGUCGUCCGUCACGCUUCCGUCGACUUCGUUUUCGUCUUCGACGACCCUCAAGGUACUAGCGAGCACGUCGACGGAGGUCCCCGCGACGCUCGCCAAUUCGCAGAAGAAGGAGAGGAUGCCCAGAGUGACCUUGAAGCUCAGGGAGAACGAAACGAUACCACAGAUGUACAUGAAGGCCGGGAUAGCCUCGUACAAGAAAGGCAACAUCACCACGAGCGUCCUGGCGCAUGGCCUAAGUUUGGAGGGGCUGAUUUUCAAGACCCCGGAGGGAACGAUAAAACCUUGGCCACAGAAGUGGUUCUUCACCGAUCCCUCAUCGGACUUCCAGUGGAAGGGAUUGAAUCAAAUGCCAGUAGCGAUUUACGUAGUCCUGGCUGGGCUGGCAACCUUGGCAAGCGUCAGUAUGAUCCUCAUGUUCUACGUGCAACGAAAGUCCACGAGGCGCCAACGUCAGAGCGCCGAGGAACCGGAAGCCGGGGGUCAGGAGGAAGAUAAAUCUACCCUGCUGGGCGCGGAGUCUCAGGAAAUCGAGGAGAAAGAGUAAUUGUGAUCCUACGACGUGGAAAGCAUGUAGCUCGUAAGACUCGCAUAUUUUUACAACACGUACAUCAGUUUGGUAUAGGUAUCUCGCGCGAAAGUCGAAGGGACGAUCAUGGAGAUAUUGGAAACGCCGAAUUCCCUACGAGUCUGUUCGAUCAAAUGCUUGGGACUCUAUUUAAGGAAUUGAUGAGUAGCUAUUAUCAUUUUUAGUACAGUUCUGUUCGGUUUGUAGAGAUCGAGGCGCGAAUUGUGCGACAGGCGAAUAUUUACAAAAGUAUCGGUGAUAUUAGGAACCUGUACAGGUCACGAUCUUGGUUUAUAAGUAGCAUGAUUUUUACUUUUGAUACAAAAAGUACGAAGUAAUUUGGGCCAAACGAUAUUAAUAAUUUACGUGACGCGAUUAUUUUCAAUCUGUUGCACACGAGUACUCUAACUUAACGUUGCUUUCGAGUUAAACUUUCCGCGAUACUAUAAGAAACGGCUGUUAAAAAAAUUAAAUGCUGAGAUACUGAAUUUCGUAAUCUAAUAAGAUUUUCAUCGUGAUCAAAGAUCGAUAUAUCGAGUCGAAAUUUUUCAAUGGAGAACGCGACUCGAUUUUCUGGGUCGAUAAAUACGAAGGGAUUCGAACAAGUUCUUCGCUGGCACGAUUGUAGAAGCUGGUACAGUAGAUAGAAAUGUUUUUCGUUGCACAAACACGACUGAAACGCGACGCGAAAACUCAGCUAAAUAAUAAAGAAAGUAUAGCUGCUUUCACGUGCUCGAAUUUCCAGCUCUUCGCGCGGGUGUACUAACGCAUUGUCGUCUGACCAAUUUUAAAAUGGAGAGAAGAUAUGUAAAUCGUGUUACGCGUUUAGUAUAUCGUCAGACUACAGUGCGUUGAGUACAAGACUUGUCCCCUCUCGAUGUUACCAUCGAGUCGAUGAUCGACGUGUAUACAUACACUGGCUGUUCUAGUGGAUUUGCACAAACCACGAAUCAAUGUCAGGAAGUCGCAAUGAUUUUGUAUAAGGUGUCUUGCAUAUCUCUGUACUCUGUACGUGCUGAUAGUUGUAGAUUUAACGAGAAUCUUUGCUACAAACCUGCGCGUCGAAAUAAAGCUAUAUAAAUAAGAAGGAGUAUAUCGUGUACUUCGCUAUUUUAAAUGAUAGGAAGACGUACCGCUUACAAACAUUAUACGGUUUCGAGGGGGCCAAACGUGGCAUCGACGGUCUAUCCGUGAAACGCGGAUCGCAGGAUGUCUCCCUCGAAACGCAGUAAGUUUCAUCCAAAUCAAUCGUUUGGAUAAUCAUUUGAGAUGUGAUCGCAUGAAAAGAUUAAAAUGGGACAUCCUGUAUAGCGGUGUGCUCUCUGAAAGCGAACUACCUUGUUUAAAAGUGGACGAUUAUAUCCUGUGGAGACCACUGUAUCGCGAGAUAUAAUUUUUAGUGCUUUACACUUCCAUUUUCAUUCAUACAAAAUCAUUUUUUAAGUAAAGCUUCGGAUCCUAGGUUUAGAUUAAGAUGAAUGAGUUAUAACGAGGAUACGAAAAUUCCAUAUAAAGACUGUGCGUUAUUUUAAAUAUGUAUUUUAAGUACGUGUUUUAAUGGAUAGGUUGAACAUUAGAAUUUCGCGAGUGAGAAACGUGAGCUGCUUGUUAUGCUUCCUUAUUACCAGAGACUAACGAUUGAAUUAGAUUUUCCUAUAAAUCAUGUUGUACAUUUAUGCUAACAAAAGAGAGAUGUUUUUAUCGUUAAUGCGUUUUUACCAAAGAUUUAAGAGGAGUCUCUUAUUGAUUGAGCGUAUUUUUUCAUUAAGUGAAAUAAUGCCGUCAGCGAGCGAGAAACUGCAGAAAAUUUAGAACAUAAUUGAAGGAGUACAAUACAUAUGUGUCCUCGGUUACGUUGUAUUUUACAAAGCAACGUGUCAUUCAGUAUUUUUAGAGCAAUACAUGGAAUAUGGAAAGGAUUAUUAUUAUCAUUUUCAACGAAUGAUUCGAUACUUGACCGCAGGAUUGUUCAAAAUAUUGUACGAACAAUAAUUCAUAGAAGUUCCACGACCUCUGUUAACAACUGACAAGAAACUUUAUCGGUAUAUUUCUGUGGAGAAAUACAUGUUGAAUAUUUGUUACAUAAUUUCUUCCAUAUGUACAUACGUAAAAUACCGAAAGGUUUUUGAUACUCCUAUGUAAAUAUACUGUUGAUUUCUUUCAAUUGGAAUUGUUGAUUCACCUACGUUGAUAGAAAUUUAUUUAUGAAGAUAUAUAUAUACACAACCAACGGAAGAAUAUCCCAAUAGCAAACAAUUUGAUGAUAUUGCCGAGCGAAAUAAAGAUUACUUUUUUGUAUUUCAUUGUUCAGGAACAAUUAGGUUGUCCCAGGGAAGCAGAUGAAUUUCUUGAACGGAAAAAUGAACGGAAUGUUUCUCUACGAUGCGUUUUGUUAAACUUGUACCACGAUCAGUAGGAAUCGUUGCUCAACCGCUACCGUUUCAUUAGAUUCGCUGGAAGGUGUUCAAAAUUUACUUAAACGAUUAAAGAACAAUCAAGCGAGCGUUGACGAAAGAUUUAAUAUACUUAGGGAAACACGAUGAACCGUAGUGCGUCUAAGUUUAACGAAACGAUGCUCCGUAAUGCAUUUAAAGUAACGUUUAAGGAUUAGUCGAAGUAGCGGACGAAUCGCGCGACGAUAUCGAUGUUUCUACAACGCGAAUUUUUCACGUAACAACGGAUCGGCAGAGAUGGGCAGAAAUGUUUAUUUAUACACAAACUUCCAUUCUUAAAUGAAAGAUACAUAAACGUUCCACCAUUACGAGCAAUUAAAGAUCUAACCAAAUAGAUUGCCGUUCGAAUAAAGUUUCGGCCAUCGCUGUGGAUCGACCUGUCGCGUAUCGACUUUGAUCGCGAUUCGCCGAGGUGUAGUCGAGCGAUUUGUCCAAAAUUCUCGUGAAAACGGAGCACGAUCGAAUUGUUGUUCUUAGCAAUCAAACGACGACGCUCCAAAUCGAUGGCAAACAAAAAGAUUUUCAAAUGUAUUGUAAUUUUUACUUUUACAAACGUUCGUUGGUUCUCGAACCAACGGACCGCAAGUAUGUAUAUCGCAGGUAGUAGAUACACGUACAAUUCCGUACAAAAUGAGGGAUAAAAAAAAAAAAUGGAUAGAAUGAUGUUCGAUGUGUUUUCGAGAAAAGAAAAUAAAAAGGACUUCAUAAGUGACACAAUAGUGCUGUAGCUAAAGAGAAAGACGGUUAUAGUUUCUAUUUUGAAGAUUAUAUUUUUUUAACUUUAUUAAUUUUUGACUUCCACAUACAUAUAUUUAUAUAUAUAUACAUAUAAUUGUAUAUACGUACUCGCAUAACUAUUAUAUACAUAUAAAUAUAUAUAUACAUAAAUUAUAAAUAUUAUUAAGUGGAUAAUGAUAUACCGUGCGCAGGGUGAACUCUCUGAUAAUGGAAUUACAAGUACUCGUCGUCUUUUAUGAUACGAGUAUCUAGAAAGUGGACACGCUAUCAAACAUUUUUCCUAUUAGGGUCACAGUUUUGUCGAGACUUUUACGUUACUUCAGCCGUUUCGUUUAAAGAAUAAUUCGGUCAAACAGAAGGACCACGACGAGACGAAUUUAACCGUAGUAAAUUUCUAUUCGUAUCAUCGAAUACAAUGAAUGUAUUUGCAACUCCAUUCUCGGGCGUCUCACUUUGUAUAUCCGUGUAUGUGUUUCAGAACGUGGCCGUGUAACGCAUGAAAUCGCAAAGAUUAUUUUGUGGUACUAUAUCGUAAUAAUUGUAGAAUCGUCGGUAUUGUUUGUACAAAUGUACAUUACUUUGAAAUAGCAAUUACAGUCGAACGGAGAAUCAAAGAAAACAAGUUGAGAUAUCGGCGAGCAAAAUUCAUCGACGAUGUGUCCGUCGCUAGCGUACGUCGAACAAUGUGACUCAUAUCUACUUCGAUACAACAAUUUUGCCUUUGAGCCUUCGAGGUUCGCGCCGCAAAAACGUUGACCUAUCGAUUCAAUCUGUACCUGGAUUAUAAAACGGAUGGCGCUUCUACACGGUAAACGAUGUGUCGUAUAAAAGGUACACGAGAAAUCAAUUUAUUUAACGAGUAGUGGAGCGAAUAAACUCGCAAGAUAGGAAGAACGCGCGCGACAAAGCGUUAAAGCCCGUUCGAGAACGAUGCUUCUGCGUAAUCCGUACGAUAUGCAAAUGUAAGAGCCAACGUUACGAACGUGAAUUUCCGAUUAUUCCGGUGAUAACACGUUCGGAUAAAAUUUCAGCCGGAUUAAUACGGCUCGAAACCGAUGAUGCGAACCCUGGUAUUUAUCAACAAAAGCACAAUGCACAAUUGAUUUCCGUUACACGGCUUGUCGCAUUAGCUAGCUUAGGUAGGCAAAACAAUUCUGUGUACAUAUACUAUUAACAUUGUAAUGUAUGUGUCGAGAAUCACGAUAAGGAUUACCAAUCGUGGUGCGUUUACUAUUGAGAAUUGAAUUGUUAACUCGAGUUGAAAGUGAAAUAGCUCACGCCUAAUUAGGGCCUCUAAGUGUAUACAAACAAAUAAAAUAUU